AUGGCAGGAGGUGGCACAACCUUAGAGUUCACUCCGACGUGGGUGGUGGCUGCCGUAUGCGCUGUCAUAGUUGUAAUAUCUCUUGCUGCAGAAAGGAUCCUUCACUACACUGGCAAGUAUUUGAAGAAAAAGCACCAGAAACCCCUCUUCGAAGCCCUUGAGAAAAUCAAAGAAGAGUUGAUGCUGCUGGGGUUCAUAUCACUUUUGCUCACUGUGUUUCAAGAUUGCAUUGGCAAAAUCUGCAUAGCAGAGCAUUCGGACAGUAAAUGGCUGCCUUGCAAGAAAUAUGACACCGAAUCAAAAUCUACCUCCCAUUUUCAAGCCCUAUUUUUGUCCACCCGCCACCUUCUUGCCGAGGCCUCCGACUCUGAUUCCGACCCCUCCGCUGCUUACUGUGCCGCCGAGGGAAAGGUCCCGUUGUUAUCCACAACCGCAUUGCAUCAUCUUCACAUAUUUAUUUUCGUGUUAGCAGUUGUCCACGUGACCUUCUGUGCUCUAACCAUUCUUUUCGGAAGUGCAAAGAUACGUCAAUGGAAACACUGGGAAGAUUCCGCCGCAGAAAAAGAAUAUGAUCCAGAAAAGGUUCUGAACACAACGUUCACCCAUGUCCAAGACCAUGAUUUUAUCAAGAAUCGUUUCCUGGGGAUUGGAAAGAAUUUAGCUUUGCUAAGUUGGAUGCAUUCAUUUUUCAAACAAUUCUUUGGUUCUGUUACUAAAUCAGACUAUGUCACGUUGCGACUAGGCUUCAUCAAUACGCAUUGUCGAGGAAACCCAAAGUUUAAUUUUCAUAAGUACAUGAUGCGUGCUCUGGAGGCCGAUUUCAAGAAAGUUGUGGGAAUAAGUUGGUAUCUUUGGCUAUUUGUGGUUGCCUUCCUGUUACUGAAUAUCCAUGGUUGGCACGCAUAUUUUUGGAUAGCAUUCAUUCCCUUCAUGCUUUUACUUGCUGUUGGCACUAAGUUGGAGCAUGUGAUCACACAGUUGGCUCACGAGGUCGCUGAAAAGCAUGUAGCAAUUGAAGGGGACUUGGUGGUCCAACCUUCUGAUGAUCACUUCUGGUUCCACAGGCCCCAAAUCGUUCUCCUUCUUAUUCAUAUCAUCCUAUUCCAAAAUUCUUUUGAAUUGGCAUGUUUCUUUUGGAUAUUGGUGCAAUAUCAUUUUGACUCUUGUAUCAUGGGAGAAGUUGGUUACGUUAUCCCUAGACUGGUCAUAGGGGUGAUCGUUCAGUUUCUCUGCAGUUACAGUACUCUACCACUCUAUGCAAUCGUCACACAGAUGGGGAGUAGCUUCAGAAAGGCAAUAUUUGAAGAACAUGUUCAAGAGGGCAUUGCCAUUUGGGCUCGACGGGCAAAGAGUAAGGCCAAGGGUUGUGGAAAGACUGCCAAGGAUCCUAAACAAGAUUCUUUAACACUUGAGUUGGCAAAGGCAAAGGAAGAGGAAAAGGCGGUAGAAAUUGCGUCAGAAUCAAUUACAGCGUGAAAUUUAGUUUCCUCUACAUCAACUAUGCUUUUACCGGCCUGCUUGGUUCCCCUGUUUAUCCUUUUUUUUUUUUACACCUUUUCCCCUCAUCUAAGUGCGAAUGCCAAUAUUAAGAAUCAAAUCGAUGUUCAAUUCUUUAACGAGAGGUUUUUUUCAUCUUGGUGCAUGCGUGUCUCCCAUGAAUAGUUGGCAAAUCAGUACAUGAAUCAUGAUUGAGAAUCGAGACCAUUCUCACCAUGUUAACCAUAGCCAAAUACAAUGAAAAAUUGCCGUGCUAUUCUAUUCUUCUCUCUUGCUUUCCCCUUUCCCCUCUCUAAAGACUUGUACACACGAAUCUCUCUCUCUCUCUCUCUCUCUCUCUCAAGGAUUUGCGCACACAAUUUUUCCCGUGAUAUCUUCCUUGGAAUCAUGACAUUUUGCUUUUGAUUUCAACAAGUUUUUGAAAAAAAGAAAACACAUGCAUACGGAGCCAUACUCACACAAUGAGCUCCAACAAAACAUUUAUAUAUCAUUAUAUUAUUAAAUAUAGCGUAAUGAGUAAUACGAAUAGAAAACUAAGAUAAGUAAAACGUUCAUCCCCACUUCUGAUAGAUAAAUCCCACCAUCAACAUUGAGCAUUCUUAGAAACUUAAACAACGACAAACAUUAGCAAAUAAAAUGGGGUUUAGGGUUACUAUUCUUCUGCAGCACUGGCAGCA